CCACUUUCUUCUUGUGACUUGAGUAGAAGAGGUUGACCACCCAUAUGUCACAUGUAUUGAUAUUUCAUGGUGAGGUUGUUUUUCCCUGUGAGAGUGGGGAGCAGCAGAGCUAGUCAUCCUUGGCUGCCCAAGAAGCAUUUCAGAGUAUGGAAAUGCAGCUGGAGGUAGAAGGGGAAGGAAAUUGUUAUGAAAACAUGCAGAAUGGAAUAAAAUUACCCUGGCUGGAAAGAAAAGCAGGUCUGAAUCUGGUCCUCUGCUAUCGAGAUGGAAAGCUAUGGCUUUAAAGAGGAUUCAAUCUCCAGAAAAGAGACUCAAGCUGGUUGCAUCUUCCAGAGAAGAUGGAUGCCGGUGCAGCUGACGACAGCCCUGCGUGUGGUGGGCACCAGCCUGUUUGCCCUGGCAGUGCUGGGUGGCAUCCUGGCAGCUUACGUGACAGGCUACCAGUUCAUCCACACAGAAAAGCACUACCUGUCUUUCGGCCUGUAUGGUGCCAUCCUGGGCCUGCACCUGCUCAUCCAGAGCCUGUUUGCCUUCCUGGAGCACCGGCGCAUGAGGCUGGCAGGCCGGCCACUGAAGCUGCCCUGCCCGCCACGGCGCUCCGUGGCACUCUGCAUUGCUGCAUACCAGGAGGACCCCGAAUACUUGCGCAAGUGCCUGCGCUCAGCCCAGCGUAUUGCCUUCCCAGACCUCAAGGUGGUCAUGGUGGUGGACGGCAAUCGCCAGGAGGACUCCUACAUGCUGGACAUCUUCCACGAGGUGCUGGGCGGCACUGAGCAAGCUGGCUUCUUUGUGUGGCGCAGCAACUUCCAUGAGGCGGGUGAGGGUGAGACGGAGGCUAGCCUGCAGGAGGGCAUGGACCGUGUGCGGGACGUGGUACAGGCCAGCACCUUCUCAUGCAUCAUGCAGAAGUGGGGAGGCAAGCGAGAGGUCAUGUACACGGCCUUCAAGGCCCUUGGCGAUUCAGUGGACUAUAUUCAGGUGUGUGACUCUGACACUGUACUGGAUCCAGCCUGCACCAUCGAGAUGCUUCGAGUCCUAGAGGAGGACCCCCAAGUAGGGGGAGUUGGGGGAGAUGUCCAAAUACUCAACAAAUAUGAUUCAUGGAUCUCCUUCCUGAGCAGUGUGCGGUACUGGAUGGCCUUCAACGUGGAGCGGGCCUGCCAGUCCUACUUCGGCUGUGUGCAGUGUAUUAGUGGGCCCUUGGGCAUGUACCGCAACAGCCUCCUGCAGCAAUUCCUUGAAGAUUGGUACCAUCAGAAGUUCCUAGGCAGCAAGUGCAGCUUUGGGGAUGACCGGCACCUCACCAACCGAGUCCUGAGCCUCGGCUACAGGACUAAGUAUACAGCACGCUCCAAGUGCCUCACAGAGACCCCCACCAAGUACCUUCGGUGGCUCAACCAGCAGACCCGCUGGAGCAAGUCUUACUUUCGGGAGUGGCUUUACAACUCUCUGUGGUUCCACAAGCAUCACCUCUGGAUGACCUACGAAUCAGUUGUCACAGGGUUCUUCCCCUUCUUCCUCAUUGCCACAGUCAUACAGCUUUUCUACCGUGGCCGCAUCUGGAACAUUCUCCUCUUCCUGCUGACAGUGCAGCUAGUGGGCAUCAUCAAGGCCACCUACGCCUGCUUCCUUCGGGGCAAUGCAGAGAUGAUCUUCAUGUCCCUCUAUUCCUUGCUCUAUAUGUCCAGCCUCCUGCCAGCCAAGAUCUUCGCCAUUGCUACCAUCAACAAGUCUGGCUGGGGCACCUCUGGGAGAAAAACCAUUGUGGUGAACUUCAUUGGCCUCAUCCCUGUGUCCAUCUGGGUGGCAGUCCUCCUGGGGGGACUUGCGUACACAGCUUAUUGCCAGGAUCUGUUCAGUGAGACGGAGCUAGCCUUCCUUGUCUCUGGGGCCAUCCUGUAUGGCUGCUACUGGGUGGCCCUCCUCAUGUUGUAUCUGGCCAUUAUCGCCCGGCGAUGUGGGAAGAAGCCAGAGCAGUAUAGCUUAGCUUUUGCUGAGGUGUGACGUACCCUCCAGCAGAGCGGGAAAAGUGCAAUGGGUUGAGGGAGGGAAGGGGAAUGGAAGAGAGAAGAUGGGUGGGAGGGAGGAGGGAAUGCUGUUUUAGUUUAAUGGUCCAAAGGACAAAUGUGAAGUGCAAAGAACGGUGACUGUAUAUGGCCUGGGGCAGUUCUGCUUAGAGAAGGCAACACUGAUUCCAGCUCAGGGGGCUGGAGGAGACAUAUUUUCAGGCUGUCUGCUGUAUGGUGGCCUCUGGGGAAGAUUCCACUUCCUGCCCCGGGAUCCAGAGGGAACUCAGAAGUGUGCUAAACCAAACAAUAAGUCCAUUCAGUGGCAACUUCUGAUAGGUUAAGUGAGCAAUGCCAGCUUGUGGGAAGGGGUUCUCUUAGCCCAUCUGAGUGCAACCAGAGGUGGUGGGAGAAUUCGAGAGAUCUGGGCCAGCUAGUACUGUAUCCCCCCUCAAUCCAAUUAUCAAUGCAAUAAGAUUGUGCCUGAGAUACAAGGCCCAGAAGCCUGAUCUCUGGGCAUCAGAAAACAGGGUCCAGGAAUGGUGCUUUAUUAUGUGGUGUACCCCAUUCCACAUCUCCACAUCCCAAGGAUAAGCCAAACUAGCAGGGAGUUAGCACUGAACUGCUUUUAAGUGUGUAUAUAUGUUAAAAAGGAGUUUGCCACAAGGAACAAAGAUUGGUGGUAGUGCUAAAGGCCAUGGGCUCUAUGGAGGCUUUAGGCUCAAUGUAUUCCACCAGGAAAUUGCUCAGACAUCUAGAUUAGCCUGUCUGUGAUCUCUGCUGGGAAGAUAAAUGUUUUGGUCAUCUACUAGAAAGAUUAAAUCUCAACACGCUUAGAAGGGAAGUGAAGACUUGGGUAUUUCAACUUGUACACUCCUAAAUUCCUCUUUCAAAUUCAGUGCUGAGUCCUAAGUUAGCCUCCUCAUUUGGCUUUCUUUAAGGUGAUUUAGUCACAUCUUCCGCCCUUCACCUCAUCGGGUAAGUUUUUCAAGGUGGCAAGUGAGGCAGAGCCUGGACUCUCGAUCACAAGGUACCUCUGUAAUAGGCAAGCCUGCCCUCAGCAUAUGGGGGAAAAACUAUUAAGAGCCUCUGACCAAGGCUACCAUCUUGGAACUGCUUAGGACAAAUUCCUUGGCAGCUGGGUAGCAUGCCAAGCUACAAUCCUUGACAGUCUAAUGGGAAGUUUUCAGUGUUCCCUAAGUGAACCCUGAAAUCCAAGCUGGUCAUCUUUGAGACUGUCCAUUCUUCUCAGUGGCUUCUUAAAGGAAUUCUUACAGCCAAGCUGUGAACAGUCACUACUGGACUUGCUUGCUUCUUUCCAGAAACCAAACUAGAAGAUGGAAUUGGUUCCUAAAUCCUAAGGUUCCUGCUUUCUCUCAGGCCUGUUGGGGCUGUUUUAUUUCCCUCUGCUUUUGGUGGGGAACAAGUGGAGGACAUUUUCUAGGUAUCUGUAAUCCAUAGACUGUUCUCAGCUCUUGGGUUUGAAACCUGGGACCUUGACUAAGCCCCUGACUUAAGGGGUGCUUGCUCGUGCGUGCUCUCUUUCCAAACGUCCCUUCUCAAGAGGAGGUCCAGCUAACCCCUCAGAACCAGCACUAAGGUAGAGGAGUUGAGGGGCAAGCCUCUAGUAUGCCCAGGUGCUUCCUACAAAGGAACACAGUGUGCUCUGAGCCACAGAUUGGUAAACUCUGGUGCUUUCAUUUCCUUCAUCUCCCAUGAACUCAAGGGUUUUCCAAGUGCGGCUAACAUUGCUGCAUCCCGCAGACCUCGAGCUCCUGAUAAGACUGCUGGUUGAUGUCGGGCCGAAUCCAUGAAGGCUGGGAAGAGCAGCUGACAUUUAUAAAGGCGGUUGUCCCACACUUCUGUGUUUUUGCUGGCCAAGUAGUAAACUAGUGUGAGCACUACACUGGAAGAAAUUCGGUCAGCCAACCGCAGAGCUCAGACCUCACUAAGGGCUUGUUUUUCUUCAGCUGUUACUUGAAAGUUAAUACAGGAUGGACUCCCAGAUGGAAAACUCAUGGCUGUCCUACCAUCAGCUCUGCCUUGCACUGUGGUUAUCAUCUUUCCUCAGAUCAAGAGCAGGCAGGUACAAGUAGUGGGCUCACAACGUUUGACCUCGACUGGUUUUUGUAAGUUAUUUUGUACAUUUUUCAGCAAUGAAACCAAACUGGGUCUUCAGCUUUAUCCCCGUUUCUUGCAAGGGAAGAGCCUUUAUAAAAUUGGACACAUUUUGGUUUUUCCUCAUUGAGAAUUUUAACUGUCUUUUGUAUUAUUUCUAUGAUAAUUUGUAAACAUAUUUAUUUUUACCUGCUUUUUCUUUUUUAACUUUUCAGGUCAAAUUUUUUAUACUGCACUUAUUUGUCAAAAUAA